AUAAAGCAGGCUGCUGCUGCUGCUGCUGCUGCUGCACGACUGGCAUUGCAGCCAAUCCCCAAAAGCCAAGGCCUCAACGCUGGAAAUAGCACUCUCCAAAAUAGUACAGGUACCCACGACGCCAACGAAGGAAUCCAGGAACAGAUCGGACCUGAAGAUGCCGCUACUCGCUAG